GCACUAAUACUUAUCCCAGAUUCGAUACUUGAAGGAAGACUCAUAUAGAGCCAUGGCUCAGUAGAUGCUGAUCUUUCGAGACGUCGAAGCCACUUCAAGAACCAGAGCGAUUACUAUCGAUCGUACUACUAACGUGACUUCGAACGUCCGAAUCAACGACCCAACGGUUGCCAGCGAAUAGAGGGGGAUAGGGAAAUUUUUUUUUUUCGGUACAUUCGAUACUGCAACCAACCAGUAGAGUGAGUGCGCACACGCGCGAGAAGAGGCGGGUAGACUAAAAACAAUUUUGAAAAGGCGCAUAAUAGGAAAGAGUAAGUGCGCCAAGACGUAACAACCGUCGAGUGCGCGUGAAACCCAGCCAGAGAUCGGCAUCUCAAUAUUUGGACCCUGCCAUUGCGCCAGUGGAAUCUGAGUCGGUCGGUCACGUGUGCAAAUUUGGCGAUCGACGGUUAAUUGUGAACGAAUUUCAACGAUCGCCGUCUGGACUGAAGAAUCAGUGGAACAGUGUGGAAAGGCUCUUGCCUGAGCCGGUGAAACAGAUCAAACAGUGAAAAAUUUGGGUUGUGGUGAGUUCAGUGGAAAUGAUCAGUCUCGAAAGUUGAAGAUUCGUAAAAAUCUAAAUUUGUUGAAUUAUUUGUGCAAAAGUUGAAUUCAACAAACAAGAAAAAAUGGCAACGAAGAUAGCCAGCAGUUUUCAGUUCUUGGGUGGUAACUCGACAAUGGAUUUGAAUGGCAACAGCAAGGGUUAUGCAAAAGGAGUGUCGGUCAUCAGUGAUGCGAACAAUAACGAAACGGUGCUGGACGAUGAUCAUUCCAUUUCCGAGAAGGAUGUCAAUGCCUACCUGCAGCACUACAACAAAUGGAAACAGUCAGUCCUUGGUCACCGGUUGACGGAAAUCCUGCGAGAUUACUUCGGAUACGAGUUCGAUGCGGAGAUCAAGUGGAACAAUGUGUUCAUGAUAGGCAUAUUCCACAUUAUUGCGAUUAUUGCCUUUUCGCAGCUGAUCUGGGUGGCGACGCCAAUGUCGUAUGCUUGGGGUUUCUUCGUUGGGGGAUGUGCCGGGUUCGGCGUUACUGCCGGUGUCCACCGGCUAUGGUGCCACAAAGCCUACAAAGCCAAACUGCCGCUAAGGAUCAUUCUGAUGUGCUGCUACUCGAUCGCCGGCCAGAACACCAUCUACGACUGGGUGCGCGACCACCGCAUCCAUCACAAGUACUCGGAGACGGACGGCGAUCCACAUAACUCCAACCGGGGCUUCCUGUACGCACACGUCGGCUGGCUUAUGCUGCGAAAGCACCCCGAAUGCAUCAAGAAAGGUCGGCUCAUUGACAUGACUGACAUCACCAGCGAUCCGGUAGUCCAGUUCCACCACAAACACUUCAUCCUGAUGAAGAUCCUGUUCUGCUUCUUCCUGCCGACCUUCAUCCCGUGGUAUUUCUUCGGCGAAACGUUCACGAUGGCCUUCUUCAGCCAGUGCUUCGUCCGAUAUGUGCUCAGUUUGAACUUCACCUGGCUAGUCAACAGCGCCGCGCACAUUUACGGCAACCGGCCCUAUGACCAGCGCAUCCAACCGGUGGAAAACAAGGCCGUUUCCAUCGUGGCCAUGGGCGAAGGAUGGCACAACUAUCAUCACGUGUUUCCGUGGGACUACAAGGCGGCCGAGCUGGGCAAUUACUCCGUCAAUGUGACCACCUUCUGGUUGGAUGUGUUCGCCAAGAUCGGAUGGGCGUACGAUCUGAAGGAACCGUCGAAGGAACUGGUGCGCCGAACGAUUGAGAAAUACGGUGACGGAACGCAUCUGGCGAUUUCGACAAAGGACCGAAUCGAAGUGCCCGAUCCAGAGGAAUCCAAGUCGCUGUAACGGGGGAGAAACUGGUAGGAGAAGUAGGUGAUCUCCUACGAAACAGUCUUUAAUGUGAUCGACCAAAUUAGUUUUCAGUUCUUGGGAUUGGCUAUGCUGAACCAGAUUUUAUAUGAAGUAAGGAUAGAAUCACUGAGAAGGGUCUCGUCGAAUGCAAAACUUAUUUAAAUAAAACUGUAUUACUAAUAGUACUUUUCUACUAAAUUAAACAA